UCCGUAUCUGUUGGCGACUACAGAGACGAUUCUCAUUAAACUCGAAUUAUUUUAAUGGGUCCUUGCUACAUUAUUCUAUUCGUGACGGAGACAGGGCAGAGGAACUGAGGAAGGGCCAAACCCGCCCGAGAUCAAGAUGUUUGUCUUCACGAGUCUCCAUAUGUAAACAAACCCACUCCCGGUGUCCGUUCCUCGAGCGCCAAGAGAGAAAAGGAGAGAAGAAAACAGGCCACAUUCGAUAUGGGUAGUGCUCCUGCGGUGAAGCAUUUGCAUCCCCUGUUUUUGUUACUUGGGAAUGUGCUGGUGCUAAUGACGUCCUGCGCCAGAAGUGCUGAGUAUGUGUCGGCAGUGGGUGACCCGGGAAUGGCAAGGGAUGGGCUGAGAGUGGGUUUUGAAGCUUGGAACUUCUGCAACGAAGUUGGCCAAGAAGCUCCUGGCAUGGGCAGUCCGAGAGCGGCCGAUUGCUUCGAUCUGGAGUCAAGUGCUGCACUGAAACACAAGGUAACUGAAGCUGAUAACCAGCUUGGGGUGGGCAAAUCAUUCCCAGGUCUAUCACCAGAAGCCCAGAAAGACCCAGACAUGUAUGCUGCCGAAAAGGAGCUCUACUUGGGCUCACUGUGUCAAGUCUUGGACACCCCAAGGCCAUGGCAAUUCUGGAUGGUGAUGCUCAAGAACGGCAAUUACGACACCACCUCUGGCCUGUGCCCUGAGAAUGGGAAAAAGGCGCCGCCUUUCAAGCCCGGGAGGUUCCCUUGCUUUGGUGCUGGGUGCAUGAACCAGCCAGUAUUGAAUCACCAGCAGACACAGUUACUGGGCGAUGGUACGAUGAGAGGGAGCUUCAACGGAACUUAUGACUUGGGUUAUGACAUUGGGAAGGCGAAUGACGGGGCCUCAUACUAUGAGGUAAUCUGGGACAAGAAGGUCGGUGAAGGAAGUUGGAACUUUCAUCACAAACUCAAGACCUCAAAGAAGUACCCAUGGCUGAUGCUCUACCUCAGGGCUGAUGCAACCAAAGGGUUCUCUGGUGGGUACCAUCAUGACACCCGAGGGAUGCUCAAAACUCUUCCCGAAUCGCCUAAUUUUAAAGUGAGAGUGACCUUGGACAUCAAACAAGGAGGGGGUCCCAAGAGCCAGUUUUAUUUACUCGACAUGGGCAGCUGUUGGAAGAACAACGGCAACCCAUGCGAUGGCGAUGUGAGCACUGAUGUCACCCGAUACAGCGAGAUGAUCAUCAACCCCCAAACUCCAGCUUGGUGUAGCCCCAGUGGCUUAGGCAACUGCCCGCCAUAUCACAUAACGCCUGACAAUAAAAAGAUCUACAGAAACGACACUGCGAACUUCCCAUACUCGGCUUAUCACUACUAUUGCGCUCCCGGCAACGCGCAGCACUUGCAGAAACCAGUCAGCACGUGCGACCCGUACAGUAAUCCUCAGGCGCAAGAGCUGGUUCAACUGUUGCCACACCCUAUCUGGGCCGAGUAUGGCUAUCCGACAAAACGAGGGGAUGGUUGGGUCGGGGAUGGAAGAACUUGGGAGCUCGAUGUUGGUGGAUUAUCUUCUAGGCUCUACUUUUAUCAGGAUCCUGGAACUACUCCAGCUCGGAGAAUUUGGACAUCCAUCGACAUGGGCACCGAGAUUUUCGUCAGCGACAAAGACGAAGUGGCAGAGUGGACUCUCUCCGACUUUGAUGUCCUUAUUCCAUCGGCAAGCACAUCAUGAUUUGAGUUCGUCUUCUGCAUUCUGCCAAAAAUAAUAGAAUAAGACAGUCAGAAAACUUGUUCGUUGAUGCAUAUUGGUGGACAACACACAUACAACAGUGUCGAGUUAUGGAAGCCUGAGAAGCCCGUAAGGGCAUGGCUUAUUUAAUCUGGAUGUUCACUUCAUUGUGAUCACAGAAUUCAUAUACAAGAACCAGAACAUUGAACUACA